UCCUGCUUCAGUCACUCUUUCUGUAUCCUGAAAUGACUGGUGUGAACGCCAAUAGAGCGGCAAUCGUGCACUCUUGAACCGUUUCACUUCCUCUUUUGUUCCUGACUGAGCUGCUGCUGUCACAGUGAAGCAGGACUCUUCACCUCCGCUUGCAAUCAUCUUUUACAGGACGAGGGACUGCAUUACCUGCAAAUGGCCCCCCAGUGGCUUAGCUGCAGUGCCGCACUGUUUCUGCUCUUGGUUCACGUCGGCCCGGUUCUCACACAGUCCUGUGGAAGCCCGGGAAUUCCUGGGAUACCAGGCACCCAUGGGCGCAACGGCGCAGACGGUCCCAAGGGAGAGAAGGGAGACCCUGGUGAGGCAGGUCAGCCUGUCAGGGGCCAAAAGGGCAUGCCAGGUCUGGUGGGCCCCCCAGGACGACCUGGAAUGAAGGGUGAUGUGGGCCUCCCGGGGCUUCCUGGUAACCCAGGCCUGCCAGGGGAGAAGGGAAGACCGUUCAACCCAUCCACCCAGCGGAGAUCCUUCUUUUCCUACAAACGGGUGAUGUCACACCUUCCAGAUAUGGACACGGCCAUCAACUUCAACAGGCAGAUUUUGCCAGAGUUGGAUCAACAGUAUCGAGGAGAAACGCUGACCAACGGGACGUUCACGUGUGCCGUCAAAGGCGUCUACUUCUUCAGUUACCACAUUUCAGCCAAGAGCAGAGCGUGUCUCAAACUGGUGAAGGGCAGUGACAGUCACAUGACAAUGUGUGACUCCUCUGAUGGCUUCCUGGUCACCUCUGGCUCGGCGGUCCUGCAGCUGGAGGCCGGGGACACGGUCUCACUGCAGGCAACCAGGUACAACAGCAUGGUGGCGAGCCAGAGCAGCACCAGCCACACCUUCACCGGCUUCCUGAUCUUCCCCACCGCCUAAAACUUCUCUGAGCCCUAAAAUCAUCAUUAAUGAGAUCACAGACUUUUACAGGGACAUUUACAGCAGUUAAAAAUGUGUUUUCUGUAACAGUGCAAAGAUGAGUAGACUUAAAAAAGAUUGACUCAAUAGUCGCACUGCUGCAUUAAAGGAAAAUGUCAGUGUUUUAUCCCAUUAGCUACAAAUUGUGUGGAUUUUCAAUUACUGGUUGACAAAUGUACCAUCUUAGAUUUACAAGAUCCAGUUGUUUUUGGUUAUUGUAGUACAAUAAAUCCAUCACAGAGAAAAAAUCAUCAGUUUUAUUAUGCACUGUGAUUAACACGCUGUUUAAACUACUAAAUCUACAUUAGUAAUGUU